GAGGGCGCAGUGGCAGCAGCAGUCGAGGAACAGGUUAGAAAGGAGAAGAAGACUGCAGAAAGCGCUUUACCCUCCGAGGAUCGGACUUUCAUUUCUUCGAGUUUGAAUUCAUUUACUUUCACUAACACGUUUGUAGUUGGGACCGAGGAGAAGGCAGCCGCCAAACAGUUUCCCAUAGAAACCCAGGGAGUGGACCGGGAAGUGAGACCUCCUUUUGCUCCGUGCCCAGAAAAGUUUCAGCCAGCUCCUCGCCAUGUCUGCUCCUGGUUACCCAGGCUCUCACAACCAGACACCUUACCCCAUGACUCAGCCCGGCGGCCACUCCGUAGCCCCUUACCCAUCUGCUCCAGGGGUGUACGGAGACCCCGGUCAAGCCCCUCCACCGGGCUUCAACAUGGGCUACAAUGCAGCCCCAAAUCCCGUCAUGUAUCAGCCAGGUCCGAUGGGUCCAGGCCCAGUUCCAGGACCGGAGUACGGCGGCCACCCAGGAGCGAUCUCCCCCGCCCCGGUUGGAACUCCAGCGGUUGCUGUUGGGGUCCCGCCAGGGCUGGAGUACCUCGCACAGAUCGACCAGAUCCUGAUCCACCAAAAAGUGGAACUCCUAGAAGCAUUCAUCGGGUUUGAGACCAACAACCAGUACGAGAUAAAGAACAGCCUGGGCCAAAAGAUCUACAAGGCCAAAGAGAAGAACGACUGCUGCACCAGGAACUGCUGUGGAUCGCUGCGCAGCUUCGACAUGAAGAUCAAGGACAACAUGGACAGGGAGGUCAUCCGUCUCAUACGGCCUUUCCGCUGCGUUUCCUGCUGGUGUCCCUGCUGCCUGCAAGAGAUGGAGGUCCAAGCACCCCCGGGCACCACCAUAGGCUACGUUAAACAGGACUGGCAUCCUUUCCUGCCGCGGUUUUCCAUCCAGGGAGCCAACAAGGAGACCAUGAUGAAGCUGGAGGGGCCCUGCUUCGCCUGCAACUGCUGUGGGGACGUCAACUUUGAGCUGAAGGGCAAAGACAGUGAUAAGUCCAUUGGUCGCAUCAGCAAGCAGUGGAGCGGCCUGUUGAAGGAAGUCUUCACAGACACGGACAACUUUGGCAUCCAGUUCCCGCUGGACUUGGACGUGAAGAUGAAAGCUGUGCUCAUGGGAGCCUGCUUCCUCAUUGAUUUCAUGUUCUUCGAGAAGGUCGGUGAGGCCAACCAGCGCAGCACGGUGUUUUCAUAACAGGAGGGAAAAAAAGGAUUUGAAAACAACAUAAUGAGAACAAGGACUUACUCCAGUUUUACAUCCUCUGAACACGCAUUUUAUUUUUCCAUUUGUAAUUUUUAAAAAUAAUUCCUUCGUCUGAUUCCAGCCAAUUUGGUGCCAUCGUUUUAUACCCACAGACCAAUAUCAGAUAAUGCACUAUUGAUUCCAGAUGUUUGCCAAGGAUUGUUUUUUAUACUGGCUGCCAUGUUGCCAUUGUUCCUUACUCGUCCAUAUAGCCUGUAGACACUUCAUCUAUUUGAAGUGAGUCAACAUACCUCCAGCUAAGAUUUAAUCCCUGCCAAAGAAAAUCUAUUAUGCCCUUGAUGUGUUUUUCAAUUGAGUGGAUAGCGACACGUUUGUGAUUGUACUUUAUGCUACACUGGCAUGCUACAUUUCAUAUUUAUGGCGUAUGUUUAUUAUUAUUAUCACACUCUAAACUCUAAAAUUUUAUGAAAAAAAAUAGAUCUAGUGUAAGUGCAAUACUAUUGUGGUUGUAUUCAGUGCCUUGUUUUCUUUUGGCUAUGCUUUGUCACUGUGAGCAAGUUCAGCCUCAUAGAGCUGCUGGCUUCGCUGUAUGAAUUAACAAAUGCUUUAUAUAAAACCUGUCCAUUAGCCGCAGUAAACAGGCUGUAAUUAUUUAGCUUAUAAUGCGUGUAGUGGUUGUGUUAGCAAAAGAAAUGGGAUGAUGUUUAACGCCUUUAAGUCGAAGUUGACACAUGCUGACAGUAUACCAAAGUGCUCUCUGCCUACCUCUCCCCUGCCUCAAUCUUCCUCAAAGCCCUCUGUGUAUUAACUGUCGCACAGGCUACAGUGUAAACGCUCCCCUCUGUGGUCCGGUGGUUGCCGUGGAGACACGGACGCCGCCGCCAAACCUCACCCUCCAAUUUUCCCAGAUAGCACUGUGUUGAACGUGUGCCAGUGUAAUAGGACAUAGUGACAUAGGAAACGGUUUAAGAGUAGGAAAAGUCUGACUAAAGGAGGAAUAAAAAGCAGAAGUUGAGGUUAGUGUGAACGUUGAUCUGACCUCAAGAGUGAUUGGAAAACCUCACCAGCGACGGAUGAACUUUCUCUAGCAGAAAGAGGCCAGAAUGUGAACUUGUCAUGUGGAAUUUAGUCAGUUUUAGCUCAUUUGGUCGCUGUGCUUUGGAAUGAAUAAAAACAAAUGUCAUGUUAGUAUUUGCAAAUUCUGCCUAUUGCUGUUGAAAGCAGCUCUGUUCUGUAUUUAAUAAUCAUUCUCCUUUUUUUUUUUUCAUCGUUCUUGUGAGAUAACAUGGGUGUGCCUCUCCUGUGAGGCUUGGUUGCCACUAGUGCUCUCUAAUCCAGACUGCAGCUCUCUAUUACACUGUCAGUAACCAAAUGUGUCUUAUUAUCUGUGCAUACACACACACCAACACACACACACACACACACACACACACACACACACACACACACACACACACAUAUAUACUGUAUAUAUGUACAUGUUACCUUUAACCUCUGAUAAGGAAAAAGCAAAUGUCCAAAGGUUGUUCAGUACAUCUUAUGCAAUAACUUCUUCAUUGGGUUUUACGUUAAUUAGCUUUUUUAUAUCAAUCAUAUCUGCAGCUUGUUUCCUAUAAAAAAUAUUUUGUUGUAUGUGUUUGUAACACUUGUAUCUUGUGAUUGUGAAUUAAAUUUUUUUUUUACAGAAUCAAAGAAAUACCCUGUAGUUCAGAAAUAAAAACAAAUGGCAUAUUAA